ACCUGCGCUACUGUAUGAAGACGGCAAGUAAUUCGGUGGUAGUUUUACCGCAACUAAUCCUCAUGAUUGAUAUGAAACAUUCCAAAUAUUAAAAGUGUUCGUUUUGCUCUGAUGAAUUCCUGGGAUAAUUGUUUGACGCAAUCAUCAAAUGGGCUAUGUUAACAUAGUUAACAUUUGUGUUAGUUACUACUUUUUUCCUGAUGUCCAACCGGAUCUGGAAUAUAACUGUAAAAUAGGAAUCGCAAGACUUCGAGGAGUCGGUAAAUCUGAUCCCGCUGUGACUCGUCUCAGUAACUCUUUGUUUUUGCCUUUAAGAGAGGCUAGAAGUCUUCUUAUUAACUAUGGGGAAAUCAGUCUUACAAGCAUGUUAAGUCGUAGGUAUCAACCAUAUAUGGAGUCUUGGCCAGGUUCGGGAGCGCAGGCUUACGGACGCAAGACACGGUGUUUUUCUUGACUGAAGGUGGCACUCCACUCUGUUGAUCGACAGGCUUUGUAGCAGUGUCUCCAGCUGAAAGGUGUGGAUCAUUAAUUCAACAAUGGAAUCAAAAGAUAAUGAUCAUUAAUUCAACAAUGGAAUCAAAAGAUAAUCUUCCCAAACCUUUUGUGUUUCCAGUUAUGAAAAAGACAAUUGAAGAUUUGUUUACUAAGCCUAAAAUAACUAAAGAUGAUAUUGAAACCUUUCAAAAUAAAUACUGGGAACAACUUGUUCCAAAUUUCAGUCAAGCACUAAAACUUCUUGACAUACAUGGAGUUCCAAGGCAUAAUAUUCUAUGGAGCAUAAAUGAUCGUCUUAUGGACGCUAUCAAGGCUAGGCUUGAAUUGAAAACUGAUGACUGUGAUCAAAGGAAAUGUCAGAAAUUAUGGCAGAAACUUAUCAAAACAGGAAUAGUAUAUAUCCACCAUCCAUACAUGCGUUCUUUGAUUAUGCAGGUUCUUGGAAAGAUGAAUUCAAUUAAAGAAAGGCAUGUUAAUUUGAUUGUCGACAACAAAUAUUUAUAUGAUGAUGCUCCUUUGCCAGUCCUGCGUCAUAUUUGGGUUGCACAUCCUCACAAAUUCCAAGAAGAAUUAGACAAAGUUGUAGCCACAUUUCAAUCCACAUGGUCUUCUGCUAUUUUGGAUGCUCUUUCAAUGUCAGUUAUGUCCACCGCCUCAACUACAGCUGAUCUUGUCCCUAUACUCUAUUGGCCACCUCGUCGACGUAGACGUGAUCCAUCAAUUGUGCGAAUUGUUGAAAUGAUUGGAGAAGGUCAAGUUUUAUAUGAUAAGACUAUAAGUAUUCUUCGAGAUGAAUGUACAAAAUAUGAAAAAUCAGCCUAUGCACUUAUGGAACAGCAAAUCACUUCAGUGACUGGUAGCAACCUAUCCAAUAAUUCAACUGAGGAAACUGAUGAACCAGCAGCCAAGCGAAGUCGGCUUCGUACGUCAAGUAAAGAGAAACAUUUAGAAGUACAGAUUCCCGUUAAUCCAUCCAUCCCGUAUAUCCCAUUAGCUUUUAUGCCUAAUCAACCUUCGGUUGCUUCUGCCACUCUUUGUACAUUACGUUUUGAUCUAUUAAUGAGCUUGAAUGAAGCUAAAAUCGAUCGUUUGUGUGUUCCUGAUAGAAUACAUCGCUUUGUUUGGUGUUUAGAUGCAUGUGUUCGAAAUCGUAGAAUUGAUCAAAGACACGCUAGUGAAUUGGCUUAUCAUUUACAGCUGCAACGCCGUCGAUGGGCGAAAGAAACAGUUGAUGAAGAGAAAGAGUUACAAGAAGAUUGUGAAGGGAAUGGAGGUGGCAAUAGCAGUGAAGUAUCUAAACGUGGGAGUUCUGAUCAUCGUGGGAAAAAUUUCAAAAGUAAUAAAACCAGCCAAAACGGUCUCCCUCAAGUGUUGUGGAAAAGAGUUGUGAUUCGAAUGAUAUGGAGAGAAUAUGUGAUGCAAAUUUGUUGGAAAGAGAUAUGCAUAUGGCUUGCCGAGAUCCAUGGGUUGUAUACACCGUUUGUACAUCUUUAAUUCGUUAUGUACUUCAUGGACUUUAUGAAGAUAAAGCACCUCGUG